GACAAAGAAAGAGAGAGAGAGACUCUGCCUAUAGAGUGUGAACAUGCCUGUGAACCAUGAGAGAGGGAUAUGGGGAGAGAGAGAGAGAAAGAGAGGAGGGGAUUGUUUCAAACAGGGAUUUGCAGCAGAGGGGAAAGAAAGAAAGGGGGCAGUGGCACUCAGUGACAGAGUGCUAUACACACUCACAUGCGCUCACACACUCUGUUUCCUGUGUGUCUCUCUCCCAUCGUGUCAGUCAACCAGUCAGUUGAUUAUUUUUGUGGGCGCGUGUGUGUUUGAUGGGGAUGUUGAAAAGAGCUUGUAACCAUCCUUCCUCUCUAUGAACGACGGACAAGAGACACAGAGACGAGGACACGGGGACGUACAGUUUCUCACAGAGGAAACUCACCCACCAGUCUACCUCCUGUCAUCACCACUGCUGCUGUCUAUGAGCUGCACUGAGGCAGAGGAGUGGGCUUUCCAACAAUCCUGACACACGGAAAAACCCUGUUGAAGCUCCACCAGCAGCAGCAGCAGCGGCUGACAUCAUGUCGUCUCCUCCCCUCCCCAUGCCCUCUCUCCCCCCCAGCCCGCUGGCCAUGGAGUACCUGAAUGACUUUGACCUCCUCAAGUUUGAGGUGAAAUCUGACACUCCUCCACUCCCUCCUCCUUGUCCAUAUCCCAAAUCUGGCUACGACCCCUCGAGCUCACCGUACACCAGCCACCCUCCACAGGACUCCAGUUUGAGCUCCAGCCCCUACAACUCGCUGCCGCCCUCGCCGACGCUCAGCGACGCCCACCCACCUCCCUCAGGCUCUUCCUCCCUCUCAUCGUCAUCCUCCUCCAUCUCCUUCCCCUUCUCCAUCUCGAACAGCUUCAACUCUGGCAUCAGCUCUGGCUCUCAGGGGAAUGUGGAGGGGAGCCCGGCCCACAGUGGGCCCCAGGGUCCCACUCCGGCCUCGCUGGAGGACCUGAUCUGGCUGGCAGCGCUGCAGCAACAGUUUGGAGGGGAGGUGACAGGGCCUGCCACUCUGCUGGGAGCCUUGGGAGGGGUACCAGAGAGAGGGGACAGAGAAAGGGGGCCGGUAAAUGGCUUCCUGGGCUGUGAGGAUGCUGUUGAGGCCCUGCUGAACUCAGCUGCUGCAGCUGUCAGCUCACAGUUUCCAGGUCUCUCUCAGAGUUCCAGCAGCAAUCUUGGAGACUCAAGCAGCGACAGCGGAGGCGACAUAUCCUGCACCAAGGGGACAGACAUGUGCCAUCGCCCGCUUGUCUUCCUCUCAUCGGCCCCUGCCUCGCUCCCCAACGCCACCCAAGCCUCGGCUCCCUACCCGCAGCCUCUCAGCCCCCAGGGUCGCCUUCAUCACCACCAGCAUCACCAUCACCAGCACCACUCGCAUCACCCCAUGCAUGGCAGCCAUCACCAUCACCACCACCCACUAGUUAAUCAGUGUGGGGCAAACGACCGCUUCUCUGACGAGCAGCUGGUGAGCCUGUCGGUUCGCGAGCUCAACCGACACCUGCGUGGCGUGAGCAAGGACGAGGUGGUGCGCCUGAAGCAGAAACGCCGCACACUAAAGAACCGUGGCUAUGCCCAGUCCUGCCGCUACAAGCGCCUACAGCACCGCCACGCUCUGGAGUCAGAGAAACAUGUGCUCACACAACAGUUGGAGCAGCUGCAGUGUGAGCUGACUCGAGUGCUGAGGGAAAGAGACACCUACAAGGCUCGCUACGAGAAGCUCCUCAACACGAACCACGGCGCCGGCGGCGAGGCCCCCCUGACCCGCCCCAGUAACCCACCUUCCCCACCCCCCGACUACUUCCUCUGAGUUUAUACCCACAGAGGAGAACAUAGAGGAAAGACAAGCUCCGCCAACGUGGAGCGACCAGUGAUGAGGGAUCAAACUUGGAGAAAGCAAAGAAGUAUGCGUUUAUGUGUGAGUGUGCAUGUGUGCGUGCGUGUGCAUGUGUGUGCAUGUGUGUGUACAGCAGGGAAGGUGAGAGAGACAUUCAGUUUCGGGGGCGACACAACUGUGAAAUCCACCCUUGAACGAAGGGGAAUCAUAGAGCGAGACUCUAGGCUGCUUCUUGGACUAAACUGUGAAUAGUUGCACAAACACUGGCUGAGAGCUCAUUGAGAUCGUCUGCCUGUGACACCAGCACAACAGUGGACAAAUACCACUGACGGAAUCAGAUUACAAUCGUAUUAAUCCCUGACCCUGCUGAAGCAUAUUAUCUAUGCAAUGUGGCAUAGCUGCAAUGUACUCUCCAAAUGAGUGUUGAGGCUCACAUCGUAGUUUUGUUUUUAUUUUUAUAUAAUAAGCUGCUAUAAAGCUGCAGAGGUCUGAGUAGUGCAGUGGUGCUGGAUGUGGAGUGGUAUGGGCUUGGAUGAAGUAUCCACAGCAUGCAGUUAAGUAUUUGCCAGCUAAUAUUUCACAGUUGCCUACCAAAGUGUUUAAGCUCACCAAGACUUGUUAUUCUUUGUAAAGUGAAUAAUCAUAGAUUAAAGAAUGUACAAGGAUACCUCUCAUGGGGACCUUCCAGUGAUUGUGCUAAAUGAAUAGUGGGGAUACUGCUUUAUUUUUUUAUUUUAUUUUUUAGCAAAUAAAUCUAGUUGGAAAUGGUGACUUUCAGCCAUUAACACAAACAGAGAAGACUCGCUGUUUGCUCUCGAGGUUUUUUACAUACAAAGAAGUGGAGCUGGUUGUAAUUAAUGAAGCGGCUGCAUGUGGUGGAAAGGACAAAAACACCCAAUCCCAAGAGUGUGGCAUGAUUUGUGUGGUUGUGUCCAGUUCUUCUAGGCACAUUGAACACCUCUGUAGCAGGGACGAUCACCAUUUUAAUGCGACAUGUGGCACCACAGAGCCGGUCACUGUGCACUCAGGUACUGUGGUUCUACUUCAGAUGCAACUCAAAAUCAAUGGCGCAGGGGGAAAAAAGGCAAAAAAUAUUUUUUCAUGGAGAAAAAAAAACUCUUCCAUGGAAUCAUUGCGUUAGAUUUAUUUAUUUUGGGUGUAGGUUAAAUAAAUUGUUAUUUUUAUUUAUUCACUUAUUUAUUCAGUAUUUAUUGUUUAUUUAUGUAUUGAUUCUAAUUAUUUUACCGGUUUUAUUCCAUUAGUGUGUAUUUUUACUUUCCUACAGUUUAUUACCUUAUCCAAUUGUGAUUAGAAUUAACAUUAUUACCAAAACAUGACGGCCGCUCCUGUUGUAGUGUGGUUUCAUAUGCAUAUGAAAUAAACAAAGUACUUUACCAUC